AUGUCGCGAGUCUCAAAUGAUAAAUUAAUUACUAGUGUAGAAGGUGGUUUGCGAGUGGAUACAAAACUAAAAAGAAUUAUUUCGAAUCGUACUAUAAUCACUGCUAUAUCAUUUUUAUCUAAAACAUAUGAUAUUUUACCAUGUUUUUGUGAAAAUAAUUCAAUACAAAUGAUAAAAUAUCGUCAAGAAUUAACGCUAUCAAAAUCAUCAAAUGCAUUUUGGCGUCGAAAUAAUAAAUUCGCUGAUAAGAAAAAACAAAGAAAUAAUUCGACUUCAUUUGAUACUGAACAAAUAAGUUCACCGCAUUCAGAUAAUAUUCAAAAAUCAUUUCGAAGAUCUUUCAUUCAACGAUUUAAACAAAAAGUACCAACAAUUACAGCUCGAUCUGUAAUACAUAAACAUGAAAAUAUUAUAGAUGAUCAUCUUCCUUUUGAUCUUUCCAAUACAUUUCAAACUAGCUUUAAUCGACCUUCAUCAACUGAACAUAAUAGUGAACAUUCCUCAUAUGAUUUUAAUCAUCUUACUUCGGAUCAGAAUGAUACAUUGAAACCAACAAUAUCAUCAUUUAAAUCCGAACAACAGAAUAUCAAUGCAACAAAUAAUACAAGUCGAAUGAUUAUCAAUAAUAUCGAAUCAUCGAAAAAAAUUAAAUCUACUUCUAAAAGAAAAAAAUCAAAUAGACAAAAGAAUAAUUCAAAACGGAAAACAUCUUUAUCAAAGAAAAAAACUAUCUCAACAUCUCGAUUAAAAAAAAUAACUUAUACACAUAGUCCUUUUCUUAAUCCAGAUCAUUUCCAUUCUAUACCACAAUUACAAAAUUCAGAUGAAAUAACUCAAAAUAAUGUUCAUGAAAAUCAUCUAUGCUGUAAACCGAUCACUUCUGUAAAAGGUUUAUCAACAAGCGAUCAAAAAAAAUUAAUUGAACAUGAUUAUUUAACAUUAAUCUCUUUAUUGCCAAUUUAUCUCGGUUCACAAGGCAAUUUUUCAUAUAAAAUUCAUGAAAAAACUAAUAUUAGUUCUGAUGGUGCUUUAGUACUUGAUCAUUUAAUGAAUGAAUGGAGUUCAGCACGAUUAUUUAUUAGUGCUACUAGUCAUAACAAAAUAUUAACACAGUCAAUCUGA